UUAAAGUGCCAUGUCAGGUUCUUAAUGAGUGGAUUGCCUUCCUCUGGGGGAGUGGUGAGAGCUCUGAGCACACGACUUUGUUCCCUGCAUCCCACCCCCCCACCCCCCUUCACAAAGCCCAGCUUGAGGAGCAGCAGAACGCUGUGUAAGUGACACCGGUCUAAUUAAUUAAUGACUCCUCGGCGUCAGCUCUGUGGCUGCUGGGUUCGAAAGGAAGGCAAUAAAGAAUGGCCAGGACUGCACGCGACUGCUUCUGGUAAAUGCUGAAUGCUGCUGAGAGCUGGCUGGGUUGUUCAUAACCUCCCCUGCUUUGGGCUACAGCACAGAAGUCGGAGAUACACUGGGAAGAGAAGAUGGCGUGGGAUCCACCCUUGCAGCAUCCUUUCUUCUGGUUGAGAUGUUCCUCCCUCUUCUUGUCCUGCUCGAGAGCUGCCAUGGCACAGCUGAUUGAGGCGACCACUGAACCCCCAAAAAAGAAACCGGACCCUGUCACUUCGGAGACGGUGGUGAUCUGGGGGCUGCGGCUCUGGCAGGUGGUUGGUAUCUUUGCCAUCUUUGUCCUGGCAGUCAUUAUCACGCUGUGCUGUAUCUUCAAGUGCCGAAUUCCCCGGACAAGAAAAGAAAUUGAGGCACGAUAUGCUCAACGGCAAGCAGCCAAGACAUACGCUGACAAACUGGACACUGUGCCACCACUCAACGAGCUGACAGAGAUCCCUGGAGCUCAGGCUGCAGAAGAAAAAAAUGAAGAAGUUCCCACUGUAUCUGGAAAAGUGGACAAAGCUCAGGGUAAAAAAGAUGGAUCCAAAGACUCCAAGAAGAAAGAUGGUGAAAAGGACCAGAAAGAAGGAUCCAAGAAAGAAGGAAAGGAUGGAGCCAAAAAGAAAGAAGGAGAAAAGGGAGAAAAGGGAGAAAAGGGAGAAAAGGGAGAAAAAGAUGAUACUGACAAGAAACAAGGUGGUGGGAAGAAAGGUGAAAAAGGUGAAGCAGUAAAAUCAGGAGGAGACACCAAAACUAAUGGCAAGGCCGGUGGAAAUGCUAAAGCAAAGAAGAAGUGACCCUGCUAAAAGACAGUGCUGGUAGUCUUUCAGGGAGGGCACUGUCAAAUUGCUG